AUGUCAGACCCGCCGCCGCUUGUGCAAACCGAUUUGACAGAUCAUUGGAACCCGCUCGAAGUCUGGGUCGUUAGCAUGGCCGCGCUAAUCCUGCUCACCCAGCUGUCCAUCGCCAUCUUCAUGGUCGUUCACCGUGAUUACAAGCCGUUCAAGGCCAAGCAGCCGUGGUCGCUGCUCGUGGGUGCCGUUGGCGCAGUGUGCUUUUUCGCAUCGGAGCUGCAUGCGAAUCUGCUGUUACCGCAGCACGGCCCGGUGCUCAACAACUGCUCGUUCUGGAAGCAGUGGAUGUAUGUGCCGUUCGGACUGGGUCUCGUUGCUACCGCGCUGCUGUACCGCUUGUUUAUGCGCUGGGUGAUUCUCAGACUGCUCAACACCCGCCUGGUGACAUCGCGCAAGAUCGAUAGAGCCGUCAUCAAGAUCAUUGGCAUCGCCGUCAUCUACGUGCCGAUGCUUGUGGUCUCAUUGAUCAAUUCACUGGCAGGGGAUGUUCACCAUAUCGCCAUGAAGUACCAGGAUGGCACACCCGGGUCGUUUUGCUACACCCAAUCCAAAGCGCUCAACUACACGACAAACUGCGUCCUCGGUGUGUACGCAUGCGCCUUGGCUGGCUGGUGGACAUACUCUCUCCGAAAUGUGCGACAAUCCUUUAACGAGUACAAGAGCGCGAGGAUUGCUUGGUGUAUCACCAGCCUGAGUCUCAUCACGUACAUUGGCUGCGUGUUUGUGAUUGGCAACUCCACCUACUACGAGCGUGUCCUGUUUCUCGUUCUGAACGUGAGCCUGUCAAGCCCCAUUUUCACUGCCGUGGUCAUGAAUGUGUUUGUUGGCUGGGUGAUUGGUCGCGAGGAGCAACUCGUUGCCUUCGAUGCCGGCUUGGCGCUGACCAUGCUCACCCACGUCCCCAAAUCCCGCCAUAGCCCAAAGACCAGUAGCGGACAAGGCUCCAAUCCUGCGAGCAGCACUCCGCCUUCCGGUUCGACUCAUUCUGCUCCAACAAUGUCGGUCACCGACACAGAGUACCACGAGGACGAGCCGGAUGCUCUGGAAAUUGAGAUUGGCUUGGCGCCGCCGCAAAUGGUUCAAAUCCAGCCAACUGUUUCUUAGAGGAUGUGUAUAGUGUAAUAGUUGUUGUUGUUGUUGUUGUAGUCGAUUGAGUG